AUCUUCCAUUUGUGCGUUGGCAACAAAAUGCUUUUGCUCACAGACUUCACUCAGAGCCACAUAGCUGCAGAGCCAAACAAAUAUGUGUGAGAAUAAGGAAAGUCACAGAGGAGAGUCAGUGCUGUGAAGCUAAUUGGAACCUCAUUUUCAUCAAAAUUUUGUGCUUUCUGCAACAGUAAAAGCAGUCAGAUUUCUGUGAAGGCUGUUUUUGCACUGCAGUGUAGCCAAGUAGUUGUCACACAGGACAGUCAUGAUGUCCCGUGCCCUCUUCAUCCUGGGCCCUUUGUGGAUUCACGUUCUGACGCAAGCCUGCAGAGGAGAGGAGCUGCCCCGGGAAGCUGUGUUGUCCUGGUUCAGAGAGCGAGUUCUGGAAAGCCUCGGGCUGGAGGAGCCUCCUCGAACAACAACGCACGCUGCUGAUGGGGACGCGGCACAGCCAGAGGCAAGGCACCCACCCCGACAGGCCCCCAGGACAAGCAGGGCAACACAGGUCAACCACCGAACCAAUCUGAACAAGGAAACUUCUCAAAUAAUUCUCUUCCCCAGUUCUGAUUCAGCCUGGGCCAGAUCUGACUCAGCUCUUGGAAAAAUCACCGACAGCCACUUCACAUAUUACUUCCAGCCCUCCAUGAACAACCACGAGACCCUGAUCACCUCUGCCCACUUCUGGUUCUAUGCAGGGGAGGGAGCCACAGCCAACUCCUCAGCCCAGCUGUUCAUUUUAACUUCAGCACAGCAACUUCUUCAGGUGGCAGAAGCUCCAUCAGCGAUGAGCUCAGACAGAUGGACAACCUUCCAGCUGGAUCGAAACCUGCUGGCUGCUGUGGCUGAGGGUCCUUUUCUGCUCCAGGUCCGAUGUCCAGACUGUCAGUGCCAUGCCAACGAACCAGACAAGACACCCUUUCUUCACCUCCAUGCUCAGCCUCGUGGCCAUAUCCGUUCACCCCGCCAGGCACCAGUAACCAUUCCCUGGUCUCCUUCCGCUAUCUACGUGCUCCAGCGACCCUCCCUGGAGAGACCCCAGCACAGCGACUGUCACCGAGUAGAGACUGAAAUCAGCUUCGAGGAGCUGGGCUGGGACAACUGGAUUGUGCAUCCAAAGGUGCUGACUUUCUACUACUGCCACGGGAACUGCUCGGCCUGGGAUCGAACCACCGCCACGAUGGGGAUCACACAGUGCUGCGCUCCGGUCCCAGGGACCAUGAAGUCCCUGAGGAUCACCACGACAUCUGAUGGCGGGUACUCGUUCAAGUAUGAGACCUUGCCCAACAUUAUACCCGAAGAGUGUACUUGUAUCUAAACAUUAAAGCUUAAAGAGCUAGGUUCACACAAAUUACAAAGUUUUCCUUACACCAAGUGAUAUGUAGGCAUGUUUGGCUUCAUGUGCUGAGGAACUGAGACUUCUGACAUUCAGACAAGUUGCAGUUCAGUUUUCCAAAUGUAAUGUUUACAUGCUUAAAUAGCAUAUUCUUUUCACUUCCAACUGUUUAAAUGGUGGCAUGAGAUUUAAAAGUGGAUCUCAAACUCCCAGCACAAAAAAAAUCAAAAUUUAGAAGCUAGAAAAUUAUUUUCCAUAAUUGGGCCGAACCAACCCUUUAAACCUAUUUUACCAUUACUGAUCACAGAGACGCUUAUCUUAUUUUUGGCAUUUUUAAUUCAAGGACACUCCUUAAGUAAAAAUAGUACUGUUGUGAUUCUCACCUUUAGAGGGCAGUGUAGGCCUACUUUUACACUGCACCAUCUCACAGUCCGACUUGUCCUGUUUGCUGGGAGAGCAAUGUAUAUUAAAAUUGCUGAUUUAAUUCAGUG